AUGAAAUCUAUCAACACCAGUAUUAAUAUUAACAUCCCAUCUGGUGUAACUCUUACAACAAAGGCUCGUUUGGUAACGGUUACCGGUCCUCGUGGAACCCUUUCUAAAGACUUCAAGCAUGUUGAUAUUGAGAUGCAAAUCAUCAAUUCCUCCACUCUUCGCCUUCAAGUCUGGUUUGGUUUGAGAAAACACAAUGCAGUGAUUAGAACUGUUGCGACUCACAUUGAAAAUAUGAUUAAAGGUGUUACCAAGGGAUUCCAGUACAAGAUGAAAUCUGUUUAUGCUCACUUUCCCAUCAACAUUAACAUUGCUGGUCCUUCAAAGAAUCUCGUUGAGAUCCGCAACUUUUUGGGCGAAAAGGCUAUUCGCCGUAUUUCCAUGCUUGAGGGUGUCAGUGUUUCUCAAACCGGCAUAAAGGAUGAAAUUAUGCUCGUUGGAAACUCUAUUGAUAAUGUAUCCCAAUCGGCAGCAAACAUUCAACAGUCAACCAACGUUACGGACAAGGAUGUCCGUAAGUUUCUUGAUGGUAUUUAUGUUUCCGAACGUGGUGUCAUUAAAGCAAAGAACGAAUAA